GCGGUGUGACACACUUGGGCUGGAUACAAACUAGGAUGUGACCGCGGGGCUCCACCACUGCUCAUCCCAUCUGUGGAGGAGACACAUUCAUCUCACACCAGAAGGUUGGUGGACGCUAACAGCAUGACGCUCCAGUUUCCAGCGCUCUCUGAGGCCCAGAAGAGGGAUCUCCAUGAGACGGCUCUACGCAUAGUCUCUCCAGGGAAAGGCAUCCUGGCUGCAGACGAGUCUGUGGGUAGCAUGGCUAAGAGGCUGGCACAGGUAGGGGUGGAGAACACAGAAGAAAACCGGAGGCAGUUCCGCCAGAUCCUCUUCAGCGCAGACGAUCGCAUCAACAGCUGCAUUGGAGGGGUCAUCUUCUUCCAUGAGACUCUUUACCAGCACUCCGACAAUGGAAUGUCCUUCGUCAAGUUGAUCAGGGACAGGGGGGUCAUGAUUGGUGUCAAGGUUGAUAAAGGCGUGGUCCCUCUGCCAGGAACAUGUGGAGAAACAACCACACAGGGUCUGGAUGGUCUGUCUGAACGCUGCGCACAAUACAAAAAGGAUGGAGCUGUUUUUGCAAAGUGGCGCUGCGUGCUCAAAAUCAGUGAAUCCAACCCUUCUAAACUGGCCAUCACAGAAAACGCAAACGUCCUGGCUCGCUACUCAAGCAUCUGCCAGCAGCAUGGCAUUGUUCCAGUCAUUGAGCCGGAGAUCUUACCUGAUGGUGAUCAUGACUUGAAACGCUGCCAGUAUGUCACUGAGAAGGUUCUGGCUGCAGUGUACAAGGCCAUGUCUGACCACCACGUGUACUUGGAAGGCACCCUCCUCAAACCAAACAUGGUCACCGCCGGACACAGCUGCCCCACCAAGUACAGCCCCGAAGAGGUGGCCAUGGCAACCGUCACGGCCAUGCGCCGCACUGUUCCCCCAGCUGUGGCAGGAAUUGCUUUCCUCUCUGGCGGUCAGAGCGAAGAGGAAGCUUCUGUUCACCUGAACGCCAUCAACAACUGCCCCCUCCCUAAACCCUGGAUCCUGACGUUCUCUUUUGGCCGAGCCCUGCAGGCGUCCGCCCUCAGAGCAUGGAGAGGACAUCAAGAGAACCAGAAAGCUGCUACCGAGCAGUUCAUCAAGAGGGCAGAGGUGAACAGCUUGGCCUGUCAGGGGAAAUACACCGGUGGGGACACUCACGGCGACGCUGGCCAGAGAGUCUAUGGUUCCUGCUAUGCAUACUGAGGAGGAGACAGGCUCACAUUCGAACCUGGGCAGAGCGUCCCUCUAUUCCUUCAUAUAUAACCCUCAGAAGAAGCAUAGGUUGCAUCAGGAUGUUCAGACUUAAAAUGAUGCAGAAGGAAAACUGUUUUUACACACGGGGACAAUCACAGAAUGAAAUCUGAAUGUGUUGAAGGAGAGCAGUUUGCUUUAUUCUAUUUUCACCUUUAAAUCCUGCUAUGACCUGCUGAAAACAUGUUUAACAGAGUUAGCUAUAUGACUACACAACAACUCUAUAGAAGAAUUGAAAACAAACAAAUGUCUUCUCUUCUUUUAUAGUGGUCUUUUUGGGGAAAAAAAGUGUUAAUAGAUGUGUUUUAAGUCGUGCAAUAAACCUGUGAAUCAGUAAAGUUUGUUCUUGUAAUCUUA